AUGGACAGGGAGGUGAAAAAGUUAAAAGAAGAGAUUGAGAGAGAGAGAGAGAAGGGUGUGGCGGCUAUGGUAGCUUGUUACCAAGGCUUUGACCCGGCAGCCUAUCUACAGUAUAACUACAUGCCACCGCGGGCGGACUUUGACCGGCAAGACAGCAUCGUACCCUGGAAACUAGGAUGUCUGCACAGAGCUUUUACCGAGGGUGAGUGAGCGUGUGUGUGUAACGGGAUCAGUGUGCUGCUAACAGCUUAGCUUACUCCACUGUCCGACUGCCCUAUACUGAGCUUGAAUCAGUGAUCCUCUGCUUCACAAACACAAGUGACCGCCCUCCUUGACAACGUUCCAACGGUUUGUCUAUUUCGAUAGCUCCAUCCGCGACAUUUCAAGCUUGAUGUGGAGUGAUCUUACGGUACGUUCUUAACUCUGUUACACUCGUCCCUUCUAAACUCGCUACACAGUGAGCUACUCCAGUCGUUGAGUUGAGCCAAACUGCCAAGCCGGGCCACGGUACCACUGUAACAGGGGUCAGCAUGUUGCUAACAGCUAACUACAUGUUCCGACUGCCCCAUACUGGGCUCGAACCAGUGAUCCUCUGCUUCACAAACACACGUGACUGCUCUCCUUGACAAUGUUGCAAUGGUUUGAGCUACCGAAAAAUAUCUAAUUCGAUAGCUCCAUCAGCGACAUUUCAAGCUUGCUGUGGAGAGACCUUACGGUACGUUCUUAACUCCGUUACACGUGCGUGUGUGCGUGCUUGUUUGAGUCUGUGUGUGUGUGGAAGAAAACUGUUUCAGUCAGUUUUCUUCCAUUUGGUGCCUAAUGGAUACAAUUUGAGGUGUUAAACUCAACUCCUGUUUGUGUGUGUGUGUGUGUGUGUGUGUGCAUCUGUCUGUUUGUCUAUCAGCGGCAGUAUGAAUUACAUUUUUCACUGAGGGUGUGAUAUAUGAAAUAUGUACUAUAUCUGUGUUUUUGUGCACGUACAGUAUAUUUGUAAAUGGAGAGGGGUGAGUGUGUUUAAUGUUGUAUCACAUCUCUCUCUCUACACCUCGUUCUGUCGACCCCUUCGGUCAUCUCCCUCUCUCCCACCGUUACUCCCCCCUCCUCUCCCUCUCUCUCCCACCCUUACUCUCUCUAUUUCCUCCCCUACCCUCCUCUCCCUCUCUCUCCCACCCUUUUACACUACCAAUCAGGUUUGUUCAAAUAGCAUCCAUCUCAUUGGUCAGUGCUGAUCAGUGACCCACCAUGCGUCCCUACACCUUCCCCCUAGCCCUUUAGGGUGCACAGAUCUGAAUGGACUGUAAGUGGAAGCAAUGAAGUGGGGGGCGGCAGGUAGCUUAGUGGUUAAGAGCGUUGUGCCAGUAACCGAAUGGUUGCUGGUUCUAAUCCCGAGCCGACUAGGUGAAAAAUCUGUCGAUGUGCCCUUGAGCAAGGCACUUGAGCAAGGCACUUAACCAUACUUGUAAGUCGCUCUGGAUAAGAGUGUCUACUAAACUGUAAUCUAUCUCUACCCUUUCUUUCUACCUCCCUUUUUCCCCUUCCUUCUAUCUACUGUCAGGUGACGUGGGAGGUGAGGUGUUGGUGGAUGUGGGCUCAGGGCCCACUCUAUACCAGGUGUUGAGCGCUUGCGAGGUGUUCGACACGGUGUUCCUCACAGACUUCCUGGAGGUGAACAGGCAGGAGCUGAGGCGUUGGCUGCAGGGCGAGGGCAAGGGCUACAGCAGCCUGGACUGGACGCCCUACCUGCAGCAUGUCUGCAAGCUGGAAGGCCGAAGGUGGGUGCUGAUGUUAGUGUUAGACAAGGGUCGUACUAAUUAGUGCACACCGUCGCAAAAGAUUUGCAACGGAAAACGAAAAGAAGCGUUUCAUAUUGGACAAGUUAAACAGGUUGAACAGGUUGUCCCUUCCUGUUUCAGUCAGUUUUCUUCCAUUUGGUGCCUAAUGAAUAUGAUUUGAAGUGUUAAACUCAACUCCUUGAGGGACGCAUUAGAAGUGUCUGUUGGUUUUCACUCUUGCCUAUAAACUCUAAUUCAGAUUUAGACCUGGGAAACCAGGUGCGGUGACUGACUUCCUAGCAUAUCAAUGAAAUUGAUUGGUCAAGUAAGUGCAAGGGACUGGCUCUCGAGGACUGACGUUUGACACCUGUCCAGAUCUGGGUUGAAAACGUCAGGUCUCCAUUAAAUAAUCUAUGUUUAUUGUUGUUAAUUGUUUUAUUGUUCUGAUCAGCCCUUCAGCAUGGACCGAGAAAGCUGCACGCCUGCGUUCGGUUGUCUCCGACAUUCUCCCCAUCGACGUGCACCUCCCCCGCCCCCUCCCCCUUGACUCCCAGCUCCCCACAGCCGGCGCCGACUGCCUGGUGUCCUGCUUCUGCCUAGAAAGCGUCAGCCCCGACCUGGCCUCCUUCACCCGGGCCCUGGGUCACAUCAGGGGCCUCCUCCGGCCCGGGGGCCACCUGCUCCUGAUUGGGGCCCUGGGUGAGAGCUACUACAUGGGGGGGCCCGGUGUGCGCAUCCCUGUGGUGCCCCUGGAUGAGGCCCAGGUGUGUGCCAGCGUGAGGGCCAGUGGGUACACGUUGGUGAGGCUGGAGGUGUACACGCUGCCCCAGGGCAUGAAGGUGGGGGUGGACGACGUGACGGGCGUGUUCUUUGUGAAGGCCAGGAAGCCAUAG